UGCGACGCUACGUCAUGGCUGCCAACGUGCGCCUGGAUGCUUGCUGCUGCUGCUGCUGCUGCUUAUUUACCACGUGCCCUCCCGUUCAACGGCUCAGCCCUAUCGUCAAAGCCAUGAGUUCUUUACCAAGUCGCAAAAUCUAUCACCGUUUUCGAUCCUGAGACCGACAUCUCCAUCAAGACAAGACUUCGGCUUCAUUCCCCUGAGUCGGACUUACUCAAUCGACUCUCACUUACACCUGACCUCAGUCACAUUCGACUCAUCUCACAGUGACCACUCGCCUCACCCGUCACUCACCACCAUGGACAUCCUCCUUUCCCUCCCGAUAGUCUCCUAUUUCCUCGCCCCCUCCAUAACCUCCUGGUCGACUUCCCUCAACCUCCUCUUCUUCUACAUGACCUGGACAACCCUCGUCCUCUCCCACGGACCCCUCAAGAUCCAACUCCUCGGCGCCCUCGCCAUCCGACUCAUCCUCUGGCUCCUCCCCUCCCUCGCCUUUCUCCUCUUCGACACCCUCCUCCCCUCCCUCUCGGAAUCGAUCAAGACCGCCGGCGCCGCAGCCCUCCCGCCAACCCACGGCCCGACCCUCCUCAAGACCCUCGCCCUCGCCCUCUUCAACCUCGUCCUGUCUGCCGGCCUCGAGGGGGGCACAAGCCUGGCGUACGCAUCUUACUUUCGCGAGCCCCUCUUCCGCGCCUCCUCGGCCCUGCCGCUGCCGUUCCAGCUCAUAAAGCACGUCGCCUUCCUCAUUGCUGCGCGCGAGGUCCUGACGUAUUAUAUCCACAUGCGCGUCCUACACCCCCGCGGCAGACGCAUCACCUCCACGCGCAUUGGCAAGCUACACGCAUCGUACGCUCACACUCGUGCUGCGCCGCCAUUCUCAUUGAUGCUCUUCGCCGACCAUCCGAUCCCGUUCCUGCUCCACCGCAUCGUGCCCAUCUUCGUGCCAGCUGUGGUCCUUCGUCCCCAUCUGUUGACGUACUUUUUGUUUGUUGGCUUCUGCACCAUCGAGGAGACCAUGGCCAUGUCUGGGUACAGCGUCGUCCCGGGUAUCGUCAUGGGCGGGAUCACGCGCCGGACGGCGAUUCACUAUGCCGGCCAGGGGUGUGGCAACUUUGGUGCGUGGGGCGUGUUGGAUUGGGCUCAUGGUACGAGUGAGGGACAGGAUGUGAUUGAUGAUAUGCGAGCCGAGGCGGAGAAGCACCGUAUCAAGGAGCGGAGUGAGAGAGCGGCCAACAAUGGCGUUGGAUUCGUGCAGGAGUUGAAGAAGGGCCGGGGACGCAAGGGGAAGAAGAGCAACUGAGUGUGGUUUUUACUGGUUUCUUAUUUCUUUCUUGUGAGUUUGGAUGGUUCUACUGUGCGUUAAAUGCAGUUGCUUCUUAUAUGUUCCGAGGAUACCCCCCCCCCCCCUUUCCCAAAUCACCAAACACGUCCAAGUAUCUUAUAUAUAUACUGACGAAGUCUACACCAAUCCAUGUGUCCUAUUGCCCCCAAGUCCCUGAUCCAAUGCGCCCAAAGGGCGGCUCCUGUAUGUAAGAAAAAAAAAAAAAAAAAAAAAAAAAAAAAAAGGAAAA